AUAUAUAAUACUGAGGAUGUCUCAAAAUGCUGUCAGGGUUGUCAUUGACCUGCAUCUCCGAUCGGUGACCUGCCCUGGUGUCUUUCUGGCGCAAAAAGAUGACCUCUACCUUAGUGUGUGCCUCAUGAAUCAAUAUAAGAAGACCGAAUGCCAUUCUCCGGUCUUCCCCAUUGUGUUUCAAGAAAGAAUGAGAUUUGACAAGGUGUUCAAACAUGUUCACGACCCCGCGGAUGUUUCCGAGCUCCUAGAAUGUGAGAGGGUGAAAAUUGAACUGAUCCAGCUGAUUCCCCCAGUGGGCGAGCUAUUGGCUCACUUCGAGGCGGACGCCAGGAGUUUUCUCUUCCCCGAGCCCAAGCUGGUUCCACCCUCUUCGGGUGUGGACAGAGACGUUCUUAUGACACGGUCCCCAGUCUUUCCCGGCAUUGCACCAAGACUGGAAUUUUCAACCAGGACCUCCAUUCGAGAGUGCCCUAGCACGGCAGAGAACAAUUUUUACCCAAACAUUCUCUUGAGGGCAGCAGCAGGCAAACCAAAAGGCAGGAAAUGUCCACUGUUGAGAGGCAGGUCACCUCCAAGGCUGGGCUCACUGGGUGCGAGGAGAGGGCCCCCCCGAGGUUGUGUGGGCUUCAGGCCCCGCUCCCUGUCCCUCGGUGCCCAUGGGGUGCUGGAGAGAAGCCAGCAGGACACACAGACUCAGUGUCACUUAGCUCUCCCAGGGGGUUUGUGCAGGGAUGAUUCCCAGCUCAAAGAAUACUAUGCUAGCUGUCAGCGACCCCUAAAUGGUCAGCAUUCUGCGUCGCCUAACCACCAAUCAGCAGGUAUGAUGGCUCAGCAGAGGAGCCCUACUCCAUGGCUCCAAGAUCAGGGAAAUGGAAAUCAAAGUCAUUCAUUUAGCUGGGACACAGUGGAAUAUGACUCUUCCUCAUCAAGGGAUCUGUAUGAGCACGUUCUGCGGAACACAAAAAGGUCCCCAGAAGGCUGGGAUGAAGUUCACCAGCGUGUGCGUGGACUCCUCACCACCUCACGAGCCUUGCACCGACUGACCUGCGGUGCCACUGACUUGGAGGUUGACGAGGUGCUGGCCAGGAGGUCCAUCUCACCAUGUCGCCUCUAAGCGGUGGAAGAGGAAAUUGGAGGCUGUCGAUCUUGGAAACGUGCCAUUAUAUCUGGCUUAUUAUGAUUUGGUGUAAACAAGAGAAAACGGCAGAGAUUCCCCAAAAAUCACGCAAGAUGAUUUUCUGUUAUUCAUUGAAGGGAUUUAUAUAUUGCUUGUGAAUGUGUGAAAUGUAUGUGACCAUUUCAGUUCAUGUUUUACAGAAAGUGAUCAAUAUAAACUUUUAAAUCUGCUCUUUAACUAUACUUCCAGUAUUUAAAAAAAAAAAAAAGGUUUGAA